ACAUAUUUUCAUUGGAUGAAAUAUAAAACACAAACCAAUGAAAACACCGAUACCAACAGGGAUACAAACAGGGAAAUAUUUUGUAAACAGCGGUACUUUCAAAAAGGCUCAAAAGAUCCUUGUAUAUUACUGAUUUCUCAAAACAUGAAUGGGAGUACACUACAAGUUGAGGGAGUGAGUGAGGUGGAAGAGUUGCUAGUGGUGGGUCAGAGCCUGUUGGAGGAACAGGACAACUACAUGUCCAAGAAUCUUCAAGUCUUUGAGACCAUUAAGUCAAACUACCUGCAGGUUAACAGGCUUCGACAGUUAAUGCAGGAACAAGUCAAGAAUGAUCUACAAGCCCUGGCAGAUGAGUACAAACAGAUUGCAGAAAAGCCAGACAGAGAGACAGAGGUCAGUGAAAUAGUAAAACAAGAACAACAACUCUGUCAAGAAUUUCAGUCAGUUCAAAAGAACCAGCAAGAGUUGUCUGCCAAGUGUCAAGCUUUACAGAAAGAGAGAGAAAAACUGCUCGAAGAAAAAGAGAAUCUGAGUGAAGAAAAAGAGAGACUAGCCAAUGAGACAAUGAUCAGUCUGCCAAAGAGAAGAGAAGAGCUGAGCCUGUUCAACAAUAUCUCAAGGAUUCGCUGGGAUUUUGAAGGAUCAAAAAAUGACGUACGAGGAUAUAUCAGCAACAAGACAGAUGUAAAACCAUUCUGCUUUGACAAGAGGAAAUGUUCUCAGUUUUUCAUCACCAAUUCAUUGUGGGACUCUAUGAAAGAAGACUGAAUUUCCCCAGAUUUUUCAGAAUUACUUCCCCUUGUAUGCUAGCAAUGAAAUAUGCAUACUUUUUAGAAGCAUGACUAUUGAUACGAAACUGUUUUUAAGAUUAAAUGGAUUUCUUUAUAAAUACACCUUUAUACUUUAACACAUUAUCUUAUGUGUUAUGAAUGUUUCUCUGAUAUUUUCAGUUUUGCAGCAUUUGAACGUAUUAAAAUGAUGGACUGCAAUUUAUUUUCAUUGCAUAUUACUAUUAUCAUACACCAACAUUAUAUUCUAACCCGAAUGCAGACACACUCUACUGUUUGGAAAAUGUAGUUGUUAUUAGGGUGAAAACUUACUGAGUGUUAACAAAAGUUUAUGAUAAUAAUACAUACAGUAUGAGAUAUAUUCAAAUGAAAAUUCCUUUUUGAGUAUAUGAUGUGAAUAUUGUACUAGUUAAAGAGUGUAGAUCUUCAUAUUGACAGAGACUUGUAAGCUGUAUACUUAAGAUAUUUAAGUGAAAUGUUUCUUUUAUCUGAUGUUGCAUUAUCUUCAACUUGUACAUCUAUACUAUGAAUAAAGAGAAUGAAAUAUUGA